AUGAUUUUCACAUCUGAGCAACCAAGCCUAUCUAUUCCAGAGGAUGUGACGAUUUGGGAAUGGCUCUUCGAUUCAUCGACUUCACCUCUCAGUCAAUAUAAGCUUUCUGAUCUCGGAGGUUUUACCAAUGCCGUUACGAAGGAGCGGAUCGGAUAUGGACUGGCGAAAGAGUACGCGACGAAAAUAUCUACAGCGCUAGUCCACAAAUUUGGACUUGCGGAGGGGGAUGUGGUGGCCCUCUUUAGUCCAAACACUGUCUGGUAUCCGAUCGCCAUGUUUGCGACCAAUCGUGUGGGUGGCAUAAUCUCAGGUGCUUCGCCCGCCUAUAACGUUGAGGAAAUGACCUUUGCGUUGCGCACAGCACGAGCAAAGGUUCUUAUGACUGCAGCUUCCUCUCUUCCCGUUGCAAUCCCGGCUGCAAAAAAUGCAGGGAUUCCGCAAGAACGAAUCAUUUUAAUUGAGGGGAAGAAAGAAGGCUUCAGUACAAUCCAAGACCUUGUAGCCAUUGGAGAAAGCUUCGGACCAAGUGGCCAGGUUCAACCCUUCAAGAUCCCGACUGGGCAGACGAACAAGGAUAUCUGCGGCUUUCUCAGUUUUAGCAGUGGAACUACCGGUCUUCCUAAAGCUGUGAUGAUCGCGCAUCAUAACGUGAUCGCGCAAAGCAUGCAGAUCGAGCAGCUAACUUCGAAAGAGAACAAGAAGGUGCUGGCGGUGCUGCCACUAUUUCAUAUCACCGGCCUGGUCCACCAAAUGCAUCUCCCCGUUUUCCGGAACGCGGAGGUCUAUAUGCUCCCGGCAUUUACCAUGAAAGCCAUGCUGGACACAGUAGUCGAGUAUCAGAUCACAGAGUUGCUACUUGUACCACCUAUCUUGAUCCGGCUUCUACGAGAUCCAAUUGUGAAAGACUACGACCUUUCUCACGUAUGCAAGUUCUCGUCUGGAGCAGCGCCUCUCUCCUCGGAGGUCAUUCAAGAGCUUCGGCGCCAGUUUCCAAACACAGGAUUCAAGCAGGGAUAUGGGAUGACCGAGUCAUGUAGCUGCAUAACAGCUCAUCCUUUGGAGAAGUCUACCUACGAAUAUGCUCAUUGUGGUGGCACCAUUGUCGCAAAUACCGAACUCAAGAUUAUUAACCCCGAUACAGGCGCACUGCGUGGAUACAAUGAGCCAGGUGAGAUCUUGGCCAGGGGACCGCAGGUUGUAAUGGGCUACUUGAACAAUGGAAAAGCCACGGCCGAAACCUUCGAUGCUGACGGGUGGCUACAUACCGGCGAUGUCGGCUUCAUUGAUAAGGAAGGUUUUAUAACGAUUACCGAUCGCAUCAAGGAAAUGAUCAAGGUGAAAGGCAUUGCAGUUGCCCCAGCCGAGCUCGAGGAUCUAUUACUUGGACAUCCGAUCGUGGAAGAUGUGGCUGUCGGUCCUAUUCCCGAUGACUACACUGGCCAACGCCCGAAGGCGUAUGUCGUGUUGAAGCCCAGCGUCAGUGUUGGUAAAGAUAAAUCGGCUAUCUUGAGCCUGCUAAAUGAGCUUAUUGAUUAUGUUCGUGAAAACAAAGUUCGCCACAAGUGGAUUACGGAGAUUGAGAUGCUGGAAGAAAUCCCGAAGAGUGCAAGUGGGAAGAUUCUCCGACGCAUGCUACGGAAGUUGGAACAAGAGAACAGUGCCAAAGAGCGAUACAUAGCUGUUCGGGAGGAGACCAGAUCUAAGCUAUGA